GAUUUUGUCUAUUUCAUUAUGUGCAGGUUUUCUUGGGCCAAAGUGGAGGGCUUGAUGCUGAGGGUAAUGAGCUUCCACGUUUAGUUUAUGUUUCUCGUGAAAAGCGUCCAGGUUUUCAACAUCACAAGAAGGCUGGUGCUAUGAAUGCACUUGUUCGAGUAUCAGCAGUGCUUACCAAUGGACCUUUCUUGUUGAAUCUUGAUUGUGAUCACUACAUAAACAACAGCAAGGCCUUGAGAGAAGCUAUGUGUUUCCUAAUGGAUCCCAACCUUGGAAAACAUGUUUGUUACGUUCAGUUUCCACAGAGGUUUGAUGGUAUUGAUAGGAAUGAUCGAUAUGCCAACCGAAAUACUGUCUUCUUUGAUAUCAACUUGAGAGGUCUGGAUGGCAUUCAAGGCCCUGUUUAUGUGGGUACUGGAUGCGUCUUCAAUAGAACAGCUUUAUAUGGUUAUGAGCCACCUCUCAAACCUAAGCAUAAGAAAGCUGGAUUUUUAUCUUCGCUUUGUGGUGGGUCAAGAAAGAAGGGUUCAAAAUCUAGUAAAAAGGGUUCAGACAAGAAGAAAUCUAGCAAGAAUGUAGACCCCGCUGUGCCUAUUUUCAGUCUAGAGGAUAUAGAAGAGGGUGUGGAAGGUGCUGGAUUUGACGAUGAAAAGUCACUACUCAUGUCCCAAAUGAGCCUGGAGAAAAGGUUUGGUCAGUCUGCUGUUUUUGUUGCGUCUACACUUAUGGAGAAUGGUGGUGUUCCACAAUCUGCAAAACCAGAAACUCUUCUUAAAGAGGCUAUUCAUGUCAUCAGCUGUGAUUAUGAGGACAAAUCAGAAUGGGGAACUGAGAUUGGAUGGAUUUAUGGCUCUGUUACUGAAGAUAUUCUGACAGGAUUUAAGAUGCAUGCUCGUGGUUGGCGAUCAAUAUACUGCAUGCCCAAGCGCCCAGCCUUUAAAGGGUCUGCUCCUAUUAAUCUGUCAGAUCGUUUGAACCAAGUGCUUCGAUGGGCUUUAGGUUCUGUGGAAAUUCUUCUCAGUAGACAUUGCCCUAUCUGGUACGGUUAUAAUGGCAGGCUUAAAUGGCUUGAGAGGUUCGCAUAUAUCAACACCACCAUCUAUCCAAUCACUGCCCUUCCUCUUCUUAUGUAUUGUACUUUGCCGGCUGUCUGUCUACUUACAAACAAGUUCAUUAUUCCACAGAUCAGUAACAUUGCAAGUAUAUGGUUUAUAUCACUCUUUCUUUCCAUCUUUGCUACCGGUAUCCUAGAGAUGAGGUGGAGUGGUGUUGGAAUUGACGAGUGGUGGAGAAAUGAGCAGUUUUGGGUCAUUGGUGGUGUUUCAGCCCAUCUCUUUGCCGUUUUCCAAGGUUUGCUUAAAGUACUUGCUGGUAUUGACACCAACUUCACAGUUACAUCCAAGGCAUCAGAUGAAGAUGGAGACUUCGCUGAAUUGUACUUGUUCAAGUGGACAACCCUUCUCAUCCCACCAACAACUCUCCUUAUCAUAAACUUGGUUGGAGUCGUUGCAGGGAUUUCCUAUGCCAUCAACAGCGGUUACCAAUCAUGGGGUCCUCUCUUUGGGAAGCUCUUCUUUGCCUUUUGGGUGAUUGUCCAUCUGUAUCCCUUCCUUAAAGGUUUGAUGGGUCGCCAGAACCGGACACCCACCAUUGUUGUCGUCUGGUCAAUUCUCCUUGCUUCAAUUUUCUCAUUGUUAUGGGUGCGAGUAGAUCCAUUUACCACUAGAGUUACGGGUCCAGAUGUUACGCAGUGUGGAAUCAACUGCUAGAGGGAAAAUAACACAACUUGAAGACUGAAAAUUCUUUUUUUAAGUUAUUGUCCUUGCCAAGUUUCAGAGGUAAGGAGAUAUGUAAGUGUCUCA